AUGGUAACUACUUUGAAAACAGUUGUUGGAGCAGCUAAGAAUGCAGAGACCCAGAUAAGAAAAAAUGGUCUAGGAAAAGAUAAAACGGGAGAGAAGAGGAAGAUUGAGGUAUCCUCAAGAUCUGAUAAGAAAGGAAGAUUCACGAAGUCUAACCUAGACGACCAAAAGUAUGGAGGUAGUGGUGGAACCAAGUGGUGUGAGAAGUGCCAGAAGAAGCACUGCGGAAGAUGCGAUGGAGAAGUGACCUGCUAUAAGUGUCGUAGGGCCGGUCACUAUUCCGGAGAUUGUACAUUCAACAAAAAGAAGUGUUACGAAUGUGGAGAUGGUGGGUAUAUUUCAAAGAACUGCCCAAAGAAGAAUGAAGCUGCAAGACAAAAUGAACCGUCGAAGCCAAAGGCAAGAGCAUUCCAGAUGGUCCUUGAUGAAGUAGGUGACACUGCAAGAGAACGGGAGUGA